ACUGCAGCCGCGGCACGGCGAGAGCAUGUCCAAGCCGGUGGACCACGUCAAGCGGCCCAUGAACGCUUUCAUGGUAUGGUCGCGGGCUCAACGGCGCAAGAUGGCCCAGGAAAACCCCAAGAUGCACAACUCGGAGAUCAGCAAGCGCCUGGGUGCGGAGUGGAAGCUGCUCACUGAGUCGGAGAAGCGGCCGUUCAUCGACGAGGCGAAGCGCCUGCGCGCCAUGCACAUGAAGGAACACCCCGACUACAAGUACCGGCCGCGGCGCAAGCCCAAGACGCUGCUGAAGAAGGACAAGUUCGCCUUUCCGGUGCCCUACGGCCUGGGCGGCGUGGCCGACGCCGAGCACCCGGCGCUCAAGGCGGGCGCCGGGCUGCACGCGGGCGCGGGCGGCGGCCUGGUGCCGGAGUCGCUGCUCGCCAACCCCGAGAAGGCGGCCGCCGCCGCCGCCGCCGCCGCCGCGCGCGUUUUCUUCCCGCAGUCGGCCGCCGCCGCCGCAGCCGCAGCAGCCGCUGCCGCAGCCGGCAGCCCCUACUCUCUGCUCGACCUGGGCUCCAAGAUGGCAGAGAUCUCCUCGUCGUCGUCCGGCCUCCCAUACGCGUCGUCGCUGGGGUACCCGACCGCGGGCGCGGGCGCCUUCCACGGUGCGGCUGCAGCGGCUGCAGCGGCCGCCGCGGCCGCCGGGGGGCACACGCACUCGCACCCCAGCCCGGGCAACCCGGGCUACAUGAUUCCGUGCAACUGCAGCGCGUGGCCCAGCCCCGGGCUGCAGCCGCCACUCGCCUAUAUCCUGCUGCCGGGCAUGGGCAAGCCUCAGCUGGACCCCUACCCCGCGGCCUACGCCGCCGCUCUAUGACCCCGCGGGGCCGCCUUGCGAGGACCAGUGUGCACACGUGUACAUAUGUAUAGGUACGAAGUCUGCGGCCUCCGCGUACGCCCUCCCGCGACGCGGCCCCGGUUUGUAUAUACAUAAGAUGUAUAGGUAUCAGGCAGAGGCAGAGAUGCCAGUCGGGGCGCGAGUGGCCAAGCGCGCGAGUGCGCGGGAGAGUGUGCGUGUGAAUUCACAGGAUCAUUUCAGACCUGCACUUCAGCAGCCAGCUUUAAAGAGGGCAGUUGUAUCCUGCAGCUGUUGGUGUUUGUUUUGCACUUCAGAACCUGUUGCGUUUUGGCCCACUGAGGUGGAGGAGUAAUUUUUUGACAUGUUGGGUUCUGCUGUUUUGUUUGUUAGAAGUUUAUUGUCGGUUUUGUUUUUGUUUCUCAUUCCCCCCCCCCUUUUUCCCCCCUGGUCUGUGUUGCAUGCACUCUGGUCAAAAGUUAGCUCUGAAAUGGCUGGCACAGGGGAAAAGCUGAUCUGUGUCAGUUUCUCGGAGCAGGAUGGCUCUGAGCAAACUUGCUCCCUAUUUGUACUAUUUGAACUUUGCAAAUCUCUGUUCUUUCAAGCAGAACCCCUAGACUGGAUCCAUUCUUGACCAGUGACCUGCUCGAAUCUGGCCUUUUGUAUGUGAGAUGAUGACGGUUUCUUUUGUUUAUCAUGCCAUAUGCAAAUCAGAGCAAGAGCUCUUUCUCAAGAGUAAGGAAUGCAAACAAGAAAUAUGUGUGAGAUGAAAAGUUGUCAGUUGGAUUUUCUCCCUAAAAAAAAAAAAAACACAAAAAAACCCCCCAAAACUGCUAGAAGUCACCCUGAGUCCACUCGCUUGGAUUUCUGACACAGUUUACAGAAAAUGCUAAGGCCCUGUUCCUAUUUUCCCCUUAUGGCUGCAUUCACCUUAAGAUUGUAAAUGUGUAUAUGUCCGUGAAAACAUUGAGUCUGAGAAUGUGUUAUUUACGUUGUCCUAAAUUUGAGUCAGUUUUAGACUCUAAAGCAUUUUAGCACAUGUCAAAGUUAACUUUUAAAAAUUGCGGGACUGUUUCAGAAUCGCAAUUUUAUCUUAGAUUAAAUCAGACUUUUUUGUCUGAGUGGUAAUUAUAUAUUUAUUAUUUAGCAAAACUGAAAAAAAAAACCACAGAAUUGUUUUGACAGAUGUCUCUCGUUUUCAGCUAGCAUUUCUCCACAACUUGAACCGUUUAAAUGUGUUUUGGAGUUCCCUCCCUAAUUAGCUUAUUUUUUAGAUCAUCUGCAAUUGAUUUGCAAAUUACGAUAAAACACAUUUUAGAGGAAAGAACCUUCCUCAAUUAUAGCUUUUUUGUUUCUUUUUUAAAUGUAUAUAUUUUGACUAAUGUUUGUGAAUGAAGUUGGCUAACAUGUAUUUAGUUUCCUUUUGGCUUUAUGUAAUAUAAAGUUUUUAAAAGUUUAAGUAUUGGUUUUAACCUUCAUGUGUAAAUGGUUUUCUUGUGUGAUCUUCUAAUUUAAUAUUAGACGUCUAAACUAUAUCUGUAAAUUAGAAUCCGACUAUCACUCUGUUCAUUUUUUUUGAACAAAGAGUUAAAUAAAGCCUGA